AUGCCGAAAGCCACACAACUCGUUUAUUCUCAAGACGUAGAAAACGCUCCCCAUGAACCGAAGCAAAUAGUCCGGGGAUAUGUGAAAUAUGACCUUUCAAUGUCUUCAAUAAUGUUCACCAAUCUGAGGUCGACUCUCUCCAUAUUUCGGACGUGCACAAUUGUCAAAGUUCGAAAUCUUGACAUCUCCAACAAUACAUUGUGGUUAAGUUCACUUCCUAGGUACAAAGUCGGUGGCAUAAGCCCGGGCAUUGUUAUUCAUAGGGUCGGCAAGAUGGUCGGCCAAGUUCUCUAUUGGUCCCUUCCGGUCACAAUAGCUCGCAUAAAGAACCCAAACAUGGAGAACAUGGCAAGUCUCCCAUUCUUGAUUUCUUUAACUUUAAGCUCGCAAAUGCCUUUGGAUCAUAGCAAGCCCCGAGGGAUCAAAGUCGCCACACGGGUAUACGGGGUCGGUGACCUCACCGAGAGGUCCUCCCGCAAUGCGGUAACCCUCGACGAGUGCCCGAGAGGAGCACCUAAGUUGCCCAUAUGGCUAAAAUGCUUUGAGCAUGGAUCGAGCCGGGGUUUCCCAAAUAGUCAAGACCACCAUCGCUCAAGAUUGAGAACCGACCUUGAACCACACCGGCUCGCCAAACUUGGCUCCGUUCCCGGCAAGAAGCUCGGGGAAGACACAUCCCAAAGCUCCAAGCAUUGA